AUGAGUUUGUUGUUGUUUGUUCCUGUAGAGAGAUCGGUAUGUAUGAAAAGUCAGCCAGCUAAUUAUUAAACAGUUUGUGAUAACGUUUAAUACCUGUGCAGUCUAUCGGCAAUAUUAUUGAUUAAAUUCAUACCGUGUACAAUUCAUCAGUUAUAAUAACAUUGCUCUAGUUUGUAGUGAGGCAUAAUUACAAUGCAAUGGACAAAACCAUGCAAAGGAAUUUUCAUGAAGACAUUUCAAAAAGCGCGGGCAUAUUGUCAAAUCGUAAUUUUUAUUUUGUAGGACGAACUCCAAAUUAUUUUGGAACAAAUGGAAAUGGUAGUUGAGGAAUUAUCUGUCCCUGAUGUUUGCUUUGUUGAGCAGUGGGUGAAAUAUGAUGAGACAGAAAGGCCCGAACUUGUUGCCGAAGAAACUAAAAAGGUUGCUUCGGAGUCCCAAUCACCAAGUGAGAACGACGAAACGGAUGUUGGAAAAGAGGUUGAAAUUCAAGAGGAAUUCAAACUUUUGUACUUAAGGUGGCUCGAUGCAGUUUUCAAAAACUUCAUGUGUCUAACAGUUUGACAGUGUUAAACGUCGUAUAUUUAGGUUUUAUGCCACAGAUAUCAUGACGUUCAUCUAUGUUGAUGUUUCGUCUUUCAAAUUAUGUCAGUUUUGGUAACACAUAGUUCGUUGCUAUGGCAACACACGCGUACGAAAUUCACUCUAAAAAAGCCUAUUGCUUUGUGUAGUUGGAAAAAAGCUCGGUGACCCUCAAUUUUUUUUUGUGCAUCAUUUUACUUAGAACAUACACUAACAAUAAGCAAAAUAUAAAAAUUCUGUCAUGGCAAAAUAUUUUUAUUGAGGAAAAUCACAUUUUUGCAUUUUUCAAAAAACUGGCAUGACAAAAUUUUUUUAUAUUUUGCUUAUUGUUGGUGUAUAUUCUGAGUAAAAUGGUGUACGAAAAAAAUUGGGGGUCACCGAGAUUUUUUUCCAACUACACAAAGCAACAGGCUUCUUUAGAGUGAAUUUCGUACGUGUGUGUUGCCAUACCAACAAACUAUGUGUUAUCAAAACUGACAUAAUUUGAAAGACGAAACAUCAAAAUAGAUGAACAUCUUGAUAUCUGCAGCAUAAAACCUAAAACUACAACGUUUAACACUGUCAAACUGUUAGACCCCUAACGUUUUUGAAAACUGCAUCGAGCCACCUUAAAUAGACUUCUUUGUCACAAAGUGAGGCAACUGCUUGGGUAAUUUUCAAAUAUUUUUCAAAAAAUAGAUCAAAACGUUCUGGUCAACCAAAUCAUAAACUAAUAGGAUAUUUUGCACGAGCCUUCUAUCUUUGAUCGUCGAUCUGACUUUCACAUGUUCCUAUUUUAUGUCAGGUGAACAAUAUAUUGAUGUGGAAUAUUAAUAACCUACUGACUGCGAGUGAGGGCAGUACGGGAAAAUAUUAAACCAAGAUCUUGACCGAGCAAUAGUUAGGUCAAUAUAGCAAGACCCAGGUUUGAUAUUUCCCCGCACUGCCCGAACAGUUGAAGACAGCAAGUUUUUUAUUACAUGACAUUGUAUACGAUUGUUAAAAAAUGAAAAAAGUCAUGCGAGGGCAAAGUACAAAAGAAACUUAUCUCUUGGUUAUAGUGAAAUAAACUCUACAGCACAUUUUAGAGAAAGCUAACAGCGUUUUGGAAGUAUUUCAAGAAAAAUCUCUAGCUAUUUAGUAAUUUUAAUCAAACACAACAAAUAUGAGAACAAUAAAAUAAAUAAAUACCAUCAACAAGUAUAUUUUUAGUUCGCUUCAUUUCAUAUUUAUGUCUCCUUUUAAAUGAAUAAAAACACACUUUUUCAGAUAAAACUAUAAAUCUGUGACUGCUAUAGUGGUAUUAAUUUUAUGUGAAAUUCCUCCUGGAAGUGCUGGCCAUCUGCAAAUAAAAUUUGCAGCUCUAUGUUCAAAAUACAACUAUUUUUGACUGACUGGAAUGGAACCAAGAAUCAGAUAAGAAAUUUUCAUUCAUCACGCCAUUCAUCAAAACAAAUGCUUGCCAUAUAACAAAAGCAACAUGUUGAUUAAUUGUAAAAAUAUUUUGCAUACUUGCUGCUUACAUGUGAAAACUGAAUGGAAAAGAAAUAACUAAAAUCUGAAGACAAACAUAAACUAUGCAUACUCGUAAAAUAGUGUAUUAUAUUUUUUGCAGGCCAAGGUGAAACGAGAAUGCCCACUCUGUGGAGAAAAAAAAAGCAACAUGGUAAGCCACUUGGAAAGAUUUCACAAAAAGCCCCACAAGGAUGCACUCAACCUAUCGCAAAGCAUUCGAAGGACAAAAGAAAAGACAAAAUUAGACCAAGUGGUGUGCCCAAUUGAGUCCUGCGAAAAACCUGUGCGGAGGCUUGACAAGCAUCUGAAAACAGUUCAUAAACUGGUACCUGGAUCACCUAGUUUUAUCCGGUUAGUGUGAAACAGUAAGUUAUAUAUAUAAUGCUGUGCAUGUCGUUCAAAAAAAAUUCCUGCCAAGCAUAUAAUUAUCUUUGAGAAGAAUUUUUGUAAGAUUGCAUAUGAAUUAAAUGAAUGCAUUCUCGAUUAUUUUUCUCAUUGUGAUUGUCUGUAUAUUGUGCAACAACAAGUGUGGCGAAUGUCUUAAAACUGCGUUGUCAAUUAUGUUGAGGAAACAGUUUCUGCUAAACCAAAAUGUGAAACAUUUAACAAUUAUUGGAUGAGGCUGAGCAUGAUAUCAACAAUUAUCCAGACCGACGUCAAUGUUGAAGCCGAAGGCUGAAGCGGAUAAAUUUACCAAGGUCUGGAUAAUUCUUGAUAUCAUGCGAAAGCCGAAUUCAAUAUUUGUUUGACUAUACAAUUAUAAAUACAGAAGCUUUUGGAGAUUUUUGUAGGAAAUCCAUGCAUUCAAAAUGACGUCACCUACAGACAAUGUUCAAUGUCGUUGUAGGUGGCAAGACAUUGAGAAUUGUCUGUAGGUUCUUAGCCAAUCACAAUCAAGAUUGCAUCAUGUUCAUGUAUAAUAAUAUGGUUUAGCAGAAACUGUAGCAUGUGUGAGUGUAUAAGGACAUUGGCAAAAAGUACGUCUUUUAUGUAGCUGGUUGAAAGAGCGAUUGACAUGAUACAACUCUCUCACAGCAUUGUUUGUUUUCAAUAUUUCCAUUGUUAUUAAAUAAAUUCUCAUUUCAGGUACAAUGCAUUGGCUGGGGAAACAGCUAAAGAAGAGACAGAAUCAAGGAAAGAGCAUCCAAAAAUGAUGGGGAUAUCCAGGAAAUCAAGAGCCAAAAGACAGCUAAGACUAUCUCGCAAUGCAUCCGAUCAUUCCUCGUCAGGCGAUUCUCUGCCCGAUCAUUCUUUACCUCAGGCUUCUCAUUCUGUACCGGAUGAGCACGAAAUCGAUGAACCUCCGCCAACAAGCUCGGGGCUUUUGGAAGAUCCAACUGCACCCAAAGAAAUUGAGCGAAAUGCUAUUGCUCGAACAAUUGAAAUCCAACCACUGCUUUCUCGAUUUGUAGAUCAUUUGCUGACAGUUGAAGGAGGCUGUCGGGGGAAAAACCAUCAAAAGAAGCACAGUGGCGAGUUGGUAGACUCCUUUAUGAAGUCGAUGAGACGUUGA